AUGUUACAUAAGACCGCCCACACGGACUGCACUGCACCGGGCACGGCUCUACUGGCUCUAAAACGGAAGGCAAAAGUUCACAACCUCCCACUCUGCCCCGCUUUUAACCUCACCAUCCUCCAAGAACACAUCCUCAGCUUCUUCUCGCAUCGUGUCGUCAGAGUCAUCCUCAACGACAAAGUCCACAGCGGCCAUCUCUCUCUCUGGAUCCUCUUCCCUCCUUCUGUGCAUUAA